GGAAAGAAAGAAAACCCAAUACCUUUACAAAAACCGCUCCUAUAAGUUAGGCGUCGAUUUUAUACAAAAACAAAACAACACGAUAAAAUGACCUAUCGUGCGCGCUAUGAAAGUUCCGAUGACAUUGCGGUCUUUGCCUGCCUAACUAAUGCCUACUGCCUUGUCGAUACUGGUGCCUCACAGAAUUUUUACUCUAUUUUUGAGCAAGUUCUUGCUAAGCACAUCCCUGUGAUCUAUACUUCUAUUGGGGGAUCUCGUAUUAUCGGUCGCUUAGUGAUUGGCAACCGAAAUGGCCUCGUCGUCCCAUCCUUGACCACCGAUCAGGAGCUCCAACACCUGCGCAACUCGCUUCCGGACAACGUCAAGCUCCAGCGUGUUGAGGAGCGUCUUUCCGCAUUAGGUAAUUGUAUUGUUUGUAAUGACCAUGUAGCUUUAAUUCACACCGACCUUAGCCGCGAAACGGAGGAAGUUAUUCGAGAUGUUUUAGGGGUUCAGACCUUCCGAACUUCCAUCGCCUCGAAUGCGCUAGUGGGAACCUACGCGGUAGUUACCAACAAGGGCUGUCUAGUGCACCCCAAGACGCCCGCGGAGGAUAUGGACGAGAUAUCUUCAUUAUUGCAGGUUCCUGUGGUUGCCGGGACUAUAAAUCGUGGUAAUGCAGCGGUAGGUUCUGGUUUAUUAGUCAACGACUGGGUAGCUUUCUGUGGUCUCACGACAACUGCUACGGAGCUGACUGUAGUGGAGCGCGUAUUUCAUCUACGCGACGUUCGGCCGGAGAGUGAUCUGCUACAAAAUGUACGUAAUGUGCUGGUAGAUGAAUUGGCGUAAUAAAAUAAUGUGGGAAAAAAAGGGAAUCCAAACAAAUUCGGGGCGUUUUUUUAUUUUAUCAUAUUCUUGGAUUCUUAACGUUAGAAUCUCUGACUAUCUUGCUAGAUAGUAACACCACGGCAUCUGCGUUUAUGCACAGAUUUUCCCCAUAAUAAUGUCAUGUUGUGAAUCCUUUAUGCGAAUUAAAGGGUGAUAAAUUCAUUAUCAUAUGGAAAAAAAUAAUAACUGAAUAAUAAUUCGACAAUGAAGUAAAAGAAAUUGUGUUACAUCCCAGCGCAUCUCAUUUUCGGUUAAGCCUGUCUGUAUGCUUGGCCAUGGCUAAGCACAAGUUCCUUUCACGGGAAGGCAACAGGGCUUUUAUUCUGUAACCAAAUACGAAUAAAUUUCAUUACACCACUAAAGUGUCUAUAACUAAACUAAAA